AUGCCACUCGAACCCAGAGCUAGCUGGUUCUCCCCGAAAUGCGUUGAGGCGCAACAGUUGAUUGGACACCUAGGGGUAAAGCACUGUUUCGGUGCGAGCCGCGAGAGCGGUACCAAAUCGAGGCAGACUCUGAAUACUAGAUAUGACCUCAAAAUAGCAGGGGUCAAGGUCGGCCAGGAAAACCACUGCUUGGAAAGCGUAAUCCCCUUCACUGAAUACGAGACCAAAGAUACUGAUAUCUUGGCAGCAUUCCGAGUAACUCCUCAACCUGGAGUUCCGCCCGAAGAGGCGGGGGCUGCAGUAGCUAAAUCCGAUACAUAA